AAGCAAUUUAAGCUCAAGGGUUCUGGGGAGUAUAUUUGCGUCCAAAUGGCAACUGGUUGACUCGAGGUCCAUGAGCAAAGUCAGUAGAAGCCCACAGUUUGCAAAUGGCCUUUGAUGGACAGGAUCCGCAUGAAGAAAGCAUCAAAGUUUGCUGCAGGUUCCGGCCGCAGAACCAGCUGGAGAAGGAUCAAUCUGGGAAGAUCUGCAUAACCCUAGGUGAUGACAUCACCUCAGUGUACGUUCCGAACAUUGACAGCAGCUUUGUCUUUGACCGUGUCUUUGGCUCUGAAGCUUCGCAGAAAGAGGUUUAUGACUAUGCGGCGAAACCUAUCAUUAAUGGCGUGUUGAGAGGCUUUAACGGCACGGUUUUCGCCUAUGGCCAGACCGCAUCAGGCAAGACACACACUAUGGAGGGCCCUGACAUCGAAGAUGAGGUCCAAAUGGGUGUGAUUCCGAGGAUGGUUUGGUCGAUUUUUGAUGGAAUUGACCAUGCAGCUGACUACAUCGAGUUUGUGGUGAAAGUUGCCAUUGUGGAAAUCUACAAUGAACGCGCGACUCGAAAACAUCUGCGACUCUCGCAUCCGUGUGUUUUCAGUGGCACCGCAGGCAUCCGUGACUUGCUUGAUCCGAAGAAGGACAACUUGAAGAUUCAUGAGGACAAGGCCAGAGGUGUUUUCAUCGGAGGGGUGACUGAGACCUAUGUCGGGUCGGAGCAGGAGAUCUUCGACAUCAUGAAAACGGGCAAGUACAAUCGUGCAGUGGCUGAGACCAAUUUGAACGAACAUUCAUCCAGGUCUCAUUUGAUCUUCAUGCUCACCAUCGAGCAGAAGAACCUGCACGAUCGCUCCCUCAAGGUCGGAAAGCUUCAUUUGGUGGAUUUGGCUGGCAGUGAGAAGGUUGGAAAGACUGGGGCGACUGGUGAUCGGUUGGAUGAGGCAAAAAACAUCAACCGGUCGCUGUCUGCACUAGGCAACGUCAUUAACGCUUUGACUGACCGCAAGUCCACUCAUGUACCAUAUCGGGACUCAAAGCUUUCAAGAGUCCUCCAAGAAUCCUUGGGCGGAAAUGCAAAGACCUCUUUGAUCAUAACGUGCUCUCCUUCUUACUAUAAUGAGCAGGAGACAAUUAGCACCCUUCGUUUUGGCCAGAGAGCCAAGAUGAUCAAGAACGUGGUCAAAGUCAACCAUGAGCGAUCCGUAGAGGAACUGAAGAUGCUGCUACAACGGCGGGACCAGGCUCUAGGCGAUUUGCGUGGUCGUGUCUCGCUGUUGGAGCAGCUGCUUCGGUCCAAUGGGAUUCCGGUCCCGGAGGACGAGGGUCCUUCCCUCGCGUUGCCGGGAGCUGCUCCGCCCGCACCAGUCGACGAAGCAGAGAAGACGGAAUACGAGGAUCAGCUACAGGAUGUGAUAGACAAGUUGAAAGAGAAGUCUGAUCAGCUUGCCGAGGCCAACAAGGAGAAAGAUGAGCUAGCCAAGCAGCUGCACAAAGCCGAAGGCAGAGCCGAAGUAUUAGAGGAGGAAGCCGUCAAUGCCAAGCAGGAGUUUGAGAGGAUGGAGUAUGACAAGACAGAGCAGGUGUCUGAGCUCGAAAAGCUUAGACAUGAGAAGACAGCCUUGCAGCAAGAAUUGGAGGAUUUGAGCAAGACUUAUCAAAAUAUGAUUCAAGCCUCAGCUGCUAGUACCCCGACGAACAGGGAAAAGGGGCCUGUGGUGUGCUCUCGCUGCCGUGCAUCUUGUGCAGAGGAUCGAGAUCCCGACAGACCACUAAAGAAGAAGGUGUCGCAGUUGGACAAGAAUCUGGAACAACUAACUGUGAUGUACCACAAGCUGGUGGCGCAGAAUAGUGGGCUGAAGGUGGAAGUCACCGAAAGUGACAAGAAAAUUCAGCGGAAAGACCAGCGCAUCCAGCAGUUGGAAAGAAACUUGCGGGAGGCCAAGCAAAAGUACGAAAAGCUGCUCACACAAUGUGCCAAUCUCACUGCCAUGAUCGACGUGAGAGGCAGAAAGAAUUGUGUGUGUGGUGCCAGUGGUGGCAAUGCACAGGCUCGAAGAGCGCCGACCAUUGUGCGACCGCUGCGUGGUGGGCUUGUUUCAGCUCGCAGCGAGACAGGUCUUGGGGAUCCGUCUGGAACUCCGAAAGCGACCUCUGGAAGCCCCUCAGAGCCGGCUUCAAGCCCCACUUCAUCUCCCUUAUCUCUAAGAGGGGGGACCAAGACGUCUCGAGACAACACUCGAGCAAAGACUGCACCGUACGAUCCUCCAUUGCGAUGAGGGGUUCUGUCUCUUGAAGGCCUCAAUUGUGAGAACAACAAUCGCAACAACUUGGUAGCAUUCAUGCUGAGUUGGAGAUCAACGCAGAUCAGUAUUGUACAUUGUUAAGCCUGUUAAGCAUCUUGAAAGUAGAUGUCUCACCUGACAAGAGUGUCUCACCAAUGGUUGAGACAAUGAAAUUACCCGGAUGCUACAGGGAUUGUACGCGUCUUGUCUCUGACAGAGAA